GGAGCAGAUCCUCCACUCUGACAACUGCUGCAUGAAGUUUAAUUUACAGCUAAUUAAUGUAACUGUGACUCCAUAUACAGUUAAACACAUGCAGAUGGUGCAGAUUCAUUUUCUGGAAAUUAGGAGUAUUUUUUAAUUUUUAUUUUAUUAAUUUGCAGCAGCUUAAACAAAGAUAAAGUCUGUUAGAGAUGGUGUAAAACACAUUUUUCUUUUUCUUUAAGUAUUCACAGACACAUUCCACUGAACUUCCAAGUGAACGCAGUUUGAGUUUUCUUGUUUAUUCCACUGAUAUCAGAGGAAGUGGCUGUUUAACUAAAACAAAGAUCUUCUGAUAAACACUGCAGACCUUUAAAAUCUGUUUUUUGGGGGGUUUUACAUCCUUAACUGAUUUGUUAAGUGAAAGAAAAUUAGCUGCCAAACAUUUUGAAUAAUUUUUUUUUUUUUAUCCUUUCAAGCGUCAAAUGUUACAGAUUCCAGCUUCUCAAAUACAAAGAUUUGCUGUUUUCCUGUCGUUUAAUGAAGAGUUUUGGACGGUUGGUUGGUUUAUAAGAAGCUAUUUGAAGAUGUCAUUUUGGGCUCUGGAUACUUUUCUGACUAAACAAUUUAAUCAUUAAUCAAUACGUUGAUUUUUCAUGUGUCUGUGAUGGAUUGUAACAUUGUUUUUCGCUUUACGUUUAAGAGUCUGAAGAGACAAAAUUCUCUAAAAAGUUGAGUGUGUCGAGCAAAGAUUCUUCUUUUUCUACUGCUGUCUGCGUUCAGGCACAACACAUGUUUUCCUUAUCGAUUAAUCUGUAAAUUAUAUUCUUGAUUGAUUAGUUUCUGCAAUAAAAUAUUGUAAAAUGCACCGUAUAAAUUCCCUGCAGCAAAAUAAUCUGUCUUGUUUUAUUCAAGAUUCACUUUGCAAUCUUUAAGGACAAAGAAAAGCAGAAAACCCUCACAUGUGACGGGCUGCGACUAACGAUUAUUUUACUUUUUUGAUUGCGAAGGCCAAAGAUGUUCAGCUUUCUGUCUCUGAGGAGUAACUAAACCGUAAAAUAUUCACAUUUAAGAUGCUGAAAUCAGAGAAUUUAGAUGUUUAUUGUUGUAAAAAGUUACACAUGGCAUUUAAUCGAUGAUCAAAAUACAGCAAAUUGCUGCAGCUCUCAGAAAACAAUCAACCAGUUAAUUAUUUCACUCUGUCAGGAAUAAAAUCCUGAUGUGGAAUCUGUUAUCAGCCACUUAAAAACCCAACAUGCGUCAUUUUUAAAGCUGCUGAAAGUCCCAAAUGUUCCUCUGAAAACAGGACAAAACCUCAGCACGCAGCCACUGAAACAAAUGCUUCUAAUGCAAUGAAAACGACUCAGCAACACGUGUUGAGACUGCGACACUGAUGCAGAGUGAAAGUGACACCGUCCUGCUCGUUUAUCGUCUGAAUCACAGCUUUUCCUCCCUGCAGACGUCGAGGUCGAGAGGAGGAGGACGGGGGAGGAAUGAGUGCUUGUGAAAUUGCUUGUGAUUUCGAAGCUCCUCGCAUUUCACGGAGCAGUUUGUAAUGUCAUAUCCUGCGCUCUCCAGGGAAUGUCUCAGCUCGUGCUGGGCUGAGAGGUCCUGCGUCAUUCAGGCAACCUCCCCUGACUGGGUCAGGAGGCGGCGGGCGGAUUGUGCAAAGAGACCGGGAGACCCUAGUGAGGAAACCUGGUAACAGCGAGGAGGAACCAUCUGUGGUUGGUCACCAGAAGGCUCCUUGAUCCUGCGAUGCCAGAAGAAGCUAAUAAGGACGCCAUGAGAACGCCAGCGACCUCAGAGAAGGUCAACAACAACAACGAGCGUCCCGCAACACCCGUGACGACCGUGAACAUCCCCCUGGUCAAUGAGGUCCAGCUGACCGCGGCCACCGGCGGGGCCGAGCUGUCCUGCUACCGCUGCACCAUCCCGUUUGGCGUGGUGGUCCUCAUCGCAGGCAUCGUGGUCACCGCCGUCGCUUACAGCUUCAACUCACACGGGUCCACCAUCUCUUACUUCGGCCUGGUGCUGCUCUCGGCCGGACUGGUGCUCCUCGCGUCCAGCGCCGUCUGCUGGAAGAUGAGGCUGGAGAGGAAGAAGGAGCGGCGGCGGGAGAGCCAAACGGCCCUGGUCGCGAACCAGAGGAGUAUUUUCACAUGAACAAGCCGGUCGACACACAUCCUGGUUCUCUGAGUCGUCGGAGAAACCAGCUGUGGACAGAUGUUGUCCAGCAUUUGGAUCCCCGACCUGUAAAAGCUUUCGACCGCAGACCCAGAACUGUAAGCUUUGAAGACAUUGUCGGGGAUUUAUUUGUCAAACAGACGCGGAGCAUCUGGCGAGCUGGGAACGCGGCCAACAGGAAUGUAUCACAAUUAAGAUGAAUUACCACUGUGCGAAGCGAUGUAGAGGAAGUCUCCCAUUAAUCCGCCCGUUGGAUGUGGCGGCUUUGAUUGUUGUGGGAGGGAUUGUGGUAUGAAAGAGCGCAGGAAAAGGAGAGGGAAAACAUCCAGGACAAUGAUUCAUGCCUCGUUUACUAUGUUUUAACUCGGACACAUGUGUUUAUAAAGUGUUCAUCUCACAGGGAGGGAUUAUGGAUCGCCUGUUAUGGAUGGUACUUGAUGAGGACUGUGUUUAAAAUCUGACUGUAUAUCCUGUUCAGAUCAGAAGGCACGUGAUGUUAUACACAGAGAGAAUAUUUAACCGUACAUAUAUUUUCUCUUUUAAGCACUUUGAUCCGUAAUAAUCAUCAUUAUUCAACAUUAAACAACAUCUAUUAACAAUAAGCGACACGUUCAGAAUUCUCAGUCAUUUUGAACUUCAAAUAAUCAAGUAAUACUGUAAAUUGAUAUUAAAUGUAGCAUAGGUUUUGUUUUCAUGUAAUCAUUUGCAUGUAUUAACUGUCAACAUGACGUCAUGAGCUUUAAUAAACUCGUUAAUACAAAAGUUGUAA